CACAAUGAAGUGCGUCAGCAGUGGGCCAAUGGCGAGGGCAAUGUGGCAUUGAAGGCUUGCCGCAUGCCCACAAUGCGCUGGCAUGCGGAGCUGGCCAAGCUGGCCGAGCUGCAUAUCAAGAGCUGUCAGAUGCGCCACGACGAAUGCCGCAACACACAAGAGUUUGAUGCCUCCGGACAGAAUCUUUAUCUAACCGGCACCACCAGCAAACAGCCACGAGAUGUCAGCAGCUUGUUGCGCGAAGCGGUU